CACGCACACACACACAUACAACAUCAGAAAGUAUUUUAGCUUUGCAAAUAGGGGUCGUAGUAAGCAAGGGCGAUGGCAACCGGGGAUACGGCCGCUAUCGAUACGAUCGACGUCGAGUCGGCACUAUCUACGAAGAACUCCGAAUUUACCAGUAGCAGCAAGGAACAGCAAGUAGAGCUAGAUGAAUAUGGAAAAUUCAUCAAAGAUACUCCUGGAAAAUUCAUCAUGGCAGACGGGAUGUCCGGCGAACAGUCACUGGCUCCGCGGCCCCACCGGCCAAAGUCGGACAAGGAGCGCAAGAUCGGUCAUCGGCGGGUCGGCGAGGGGGGCGAAAUUACGUACAAGAAAAUCCAAACCACCACGAUUAUGGGUUCGAUUCAGCUCGGCAUCCAGCAUACGGUUGGCAGCUUGGCAUCGAAACCACGGCGCGAUCUGCUGAUGAUGGACUUCUGGGAGCUGGAAACGAUAUCCUUCCCACCGGAAGGUUCCAGUAUGACACCCGCGCACCACUACAGCGAGUUUAAGUUUAAAAUUUACGCUCCAAUUGCGUUUCGGUACUUUCGCGACCUGUUCGGCAUACAGCCGGACGAUUUUAUGAUGUCUAUGUGUUCAGCCCCGCUGCGGGAACUGUCGAAUCCGGGUGCGUCCGGUUCGAUCUUCUAUCUGACGGAUGACGAUGAGUUUAUCAUUAAAACUGUGCAACACAAGGAGGGAGAGUUUUUGCAGAAACUGUUACCAGGGUACUAUAUGAAUCUAAAUCAAAAUCCCCGCACGCUGUUACCGAAGUUUUUCGGCCUGUACUGCUACCAGUGCAAUAGUAAAAACGUUCGAUUAGUCGCUAUGAACAACUUGCUUCCCUCUUACGUAAAGAUGCACCUCAAAUACGAUCUCAAGGGUUCGACGUACAAACGGAAGGCUAACAAAGCGGAACGCUCGAAAUCAUCGCCCACGUACAAGGAUCUAGAUUUUAUGGAGCAUCACCCGAAUGGGUUGUUUCUGGAGGCGGAGACUUACAGUGCACUGAUCAAAACGAUCCAGCGGGACUGUCGGGUGCUUGAGUCUUUUAAAAUUAUGGACUACUCGCUGCUCGUUGGCAUUCACAAUCUCGACCUAGCGGUAAAGGAAAAGCAGGAGGCGGCGGCCAAGGCACGUUCCGAAGGUGAAUCGGACUACGAAGAUGCACCGGAAGCGGAUCAGUAUAUGGUACAGGAACGGGAAGAACAGCGAACAACAGCCCUAAACAGGAGCAGACACACCACCUAUGGAAAGAUGCUGAUUAGGUCUAUCAACCGGCAAAGGCUUGUUGCGCAUUCGACAGCAAUGGAAAGUAUUCAGGCUGAAAGUGAACCGAUCGAUGAGGAGGACGAUGUCCCUCCCGGUGGAAUACCUGCACGCAGUGAGAAGGGCGAACGGCUAUUACUGUUCAUCGGUAUCAUCGAUAUUUUGCAGUCGUAUCGGUUAAGGAAAAAGCUGGAGCACACGUGGAAAAGUAUUAUACACGACGGUGAUACCGUGUCGGUGCAUCGGCCUUCUUUCUAUGCACAACGCUUUCAGGAGUUCAUGGCCAAAACUGUUUUUAAGAAAAUUCCUUCACUGGAUCUGCCUGAGAUCAAGGGCAAUCAUAGAAAAUUUCGCACGUUGGUCACCAGCUACAUAGCGCUAAAACAUUCACCAUCCAAGAGAAAAAGUUUAUCGAAAGCCGCACAGAGAGCAAAAAAUGAAGAAACAGAUAGUCAACCCGUAGCCGGCAGCUCCCAUCAGCAUCAUCAUCAGAACCAACAGUUCAACCCGACACAGACGCAUUUCAAUCAACAGACUACGGGGACUCCCAAAUCAGAUGUCGAUACUUCCUCGAGUGUGCAUACGGCGGCAACGAUCACGACCACGUCCAGUAGCAGUGCUGUGGGUGGUAAUGGCAAAACGGUGGCCGCUGGUAGUGCUGGUACCGGUGCAACACGUACUGCCGGUGGUAAUGCAUCAGUAACGCCCACCAACAUGCCACCGCUUAAAAAGAAAACGACCGUCGUAAAGCAAAGCGUUCCGCCACCGGUUCCACCGCGCGGUUCACCAAAGUUCAGCAAGACGGCUGGAUCGGGCCGGCCCGGUGGUACAUCCGGUUCGCUACCCAGCCAGUCCAGUGGUCACCGGGGACGGUCCAGUGCAGGUAAGAGGCAACGCUCGUCUCCACGUGGUCCUGGCAAUCAUGGUGGAAUCGGCGAAGGAUCCGAACAAAAGGACGCCAGGAAGGACUGUUCGACUCAACCACGUUCGGCACGUUCCACUGCGCUCGAUCCGCUGCGUGAGAAUGAUGCAGACGAGUUACAGCUCGUUCCAUCGCCCAACAAAGUGCUCAGUUGGCUCAGUAGCAACGACUUUCGUGUGUCGGAAAAUGGGGACAUUCUGUCGGAUGAUUUUGCGAGUAGCGAAAUAGCACUACCAGUGGGUAAAGCACAGCAUUGUGGCGAUCAGGAAGCUUCUGCUGCUGUAACGAUACCUAAAAUUAUUGCUGUAAAGCGAAAACCGUUGUCCAGUUCCGUAGCGGUGCCAUCCAAUGUGAAGGAUGUAUCGAAAACGUUUGAACGGCUUUCCAGCCGUAAUGGAAGUGGUUCGUCGGUACAGCAAAUGAUAAGAAACUUUGAGCGGACUGCAGCGACGACUGUAGUUAGGUCGGAAUCUAUGUACUCUAGAGUUCCUAGUCACUGUGGGUCGAAAGAUCCGCCAGUUGUGUUACCGAUGAUGCCUCGUACCACAAGAACGCUCCCAUUGACAAUUCCAAUCAUUAAAGAGACGCUAGUUGAGGAUGAAAAUAAUAACACUCGUCCUGCUGUGAUACACGAUGGCCACGAUCAGACUUUUAUACCGAUGGCCGAACGAUUGGAGAAGGACAACGAUCUUACCGCACACGAAAAUGAUCAGUUGGUGUUAGCAAACUUGAAAAAUGUUGUUAAAGCACGUCGGGAAAUGUUUAACACUUCACCCGACUCUACAAUGGAACGGAAAACACGAACCAUACGAUCAACCAUUCCUAAUGGUGGCAUUGUAAGAAAAGAAGAAUCAGUUGCAAAAUCUACACCACAACCCAUACAAGGCACUGGUACGUCAAAAGCAAAACUAACGCGUUCGGUGACGCAAGGAAAACGGCAACCCUCACCAUCGUCGCGCAUCAAUCCGGAUGAGAUACAAAGAAAGAUUGAAGAAAUCGAAGCAGAAAUACGUCAAAACGAGGAACGUUUGAAUCGAAUACCUUCCAGGAGAUCGUUACAUCGGGAGCACGGUAAUAUGAUCGUCAAACCAACGGUAACGACUGAACGUCUCGUUGGUCCUUGCCGCAACGAUAGCUUCCUCUCGCGUUUAAAGCCUAAAACGCCACACCGUAAUGGACUGGUCGUAGGUAUCGUAGACUGUGGCUUGGAAUCAACGAAACCUGGCAAGGAUGUACGGUUCCUGCAGCAGGAGGAGAAAGUUUCCAUCAUCCGACGGAUCGGGCUACCGUUGGACGAAAACCACAACCUGGAAAGCUACCUGGAGCAGUUUAGUCUGGAAGGAGAGUUUGUUUGA